AUGCCGCCAAGACGAUCGAGAGCAGCUCAGAAAGCGGCGGAAGAUGCGACGGUAGCAGAGCAGGCCGAGGCUUCAACGUCGACCGCGCCUGCUGCCGCCGACCCAGUCGCCGAAACUCCCGCCGAGCCGACACCAGCACCUGCUGCGCCUGCGAAACCGAAAGCGAAGUCACGAGCUGCACGUCAUCAGCCGCUAGUCGUCGAGCAGCCGCCCACACAACCCUCGCCUCCAUCCGCGCCUUCACCCGUUGCUGAGCCCGAGCCAGAAGCAGCGUCCGAGCAAGUCGCCUCUUCAUCCAAACCAACGAUGGAAGACCGGCAAGCGCGGCUCUCUGCGCUGCGCGCCAAGAUGGCCGCCUCGACGCGUGCUAACCGCAAAGAUAUCCUCUCGGAACAGUCUCGCUCCCGCGCCAUCGCUGCUGACCUCAAGAACCCUUCCGCCUCGCGCAAGAUUCAGAAGGCUGAGAAGGUGCUGGAAGAGCGCGACCUCCGGGAGAGCGGGGAGGACGUGGAGCGUCACCGCAACAUGCAUUAUUCGCUCGAGGACAGCGAGCGAUGGGAUGCCAAGCUGGAGGAGAAGGAGAGGCGGAAGGACCAGGGUGGCGUGGCUGACUUUGGCGACGCGGCAGAGCGCGCGUAUCAGAGACAGGUGCGGAUGCUCCGGCCGAACGUGGCCGGAUACAAGAAGCAGCAGACCGAGGCGGAGGCGAUCAAGGCGAGCAGCCCCGCCAGCACGGUGCUCAUCAAGGGCAAAGGCAGGGCAACGGCACAAGAGGUGGUGCUCGACGACUUCCACUACGGAGCCCACAAGCCGUCCGAUGAUGCCAUCGAUCGAGUCGUCAGCCACCUCAACCAGGAGAAGCAGAUGAUCAAGAACAGGAGCAGAAGGAGACAGGACGACCCAGACGCCGAAGUCAACUACAUCAACGACGGCAACAAGCACUUUAACAAGAAGCUCAAGCGGUUCUAUGACAAGCAGACGCAGGAGAUCCGGGAGAAUCUCGAGAGAGGAACCGCGCUCUGA